AUUAGGAUCCAUGUCCUCGCUUAGAAUAAAGUUAUUUAUUCUUGUUUCUGCUCCGUUUUGAGAUGUUACUUGAAUAGUUUUCUGUACGUUUUUAUCUCACCCCAUAUAAACUUCGAACUCCAAUAAAACUGAAAACGUCACAGAAAACAAGUAAGCUAAAGGCGUGAAAAUAUUUUCGUACAAUCUUUCGAAUCUGACUUUAAACCAAUAAUUUGCUUUUACCACUAUUGAGGCAUCUUGAAAAAAUUUAUUCAGUAACAAAGUAAACAAGAAAUUUAGCUCAGCAAUUUGUGCUCAGCAUUCAAGAACCUUGCUCUUCUGUUUAUUUAUAAUACUUAAUUUUGUUAAUCUGAAAUGCUCUAAUGUUUAUAAACAUUAUUAUUUCUCAAAAUUCCGAUUGCUAUUUUUUAAAUGAAUUAUUAUCUUUAAUUCUUUGUUAAGUAACUUGUAUACAAGGAUAUUAAGUUUGCAAUGUUCUAUCUCGACCUUAAAACCUCUCUAGUUCGUUUUCCUUCUGGGGUCCAUGUGAGAGCAACAGUUCUUUUUUCUCCAGUCAUUAUUUGUAAAAUAAUAAAUACAAGUAUUAUUCAAGUUAAUUUAAAGACAACUGCAAGCUUAAAGCAGUGCAUCAAAUUUAAAAUACCAGUUUUUUUUAAUUGAUUAUAAAAUCUCUAAAAUUUCCUUUUUCUAGAAUGUUAUCUAAAUGGUUUGAGAGUUGGUGUGAAUUGGAUUGUUUUUUUUCUCUCAUGUUGGUAACUUAGCAUAUUUAUGUAUUUAAUUUAAAAUAUUUUUUGCUUUCUUACUUAGAGGGUGAAAAUGUUGAACAUCCUUGAAGUAUUUUUGGAUACUGAAGAUGAAGUAUUUUGGAUGCUAUGAAAGAAUUGAUGUUGGUAUCAUUGGCAGUCAAAAACAAAAAGCUAUCAGCUGACCUGAUGGC